CAGGUUACCACGGCGCAAUGUAGCACCUGACGCCGGCUUGCAAUCAUUCGUUCGUAUGUGUGGAGAGGGGAGGGAAAACGAUAAAAAAAAAAGAAUCAAAUUUUAACAAGUCAAGUCCUAUCUCCUAAUAAUCCUUCACAACUCACUCACUCACUCACUCACCACCGAUCUUUCCUUCGCCGACUGUAAAGUCUCAAUUGUCCUCUUUUGAUUACAAAGUUUGCUUAUUUCUUGCUAUAAAUAGUUGUUGAUUUGCUUUACUGAUCAAACCCAGAAAGAAAGUUUGUUUCUUUUUGAGUAAUUCAGUUGUUAAAUGCAGUCCUGCAGGUUGUUGUUCUCAUCUUGGUGAUCGUUGAAAGUUUUUGAUACAAUGGGUGCUUCAGGGAGAUGGAUUAAAACAUUGGUGAAGGUUGCUACCAAGAGCCGGUUUAGGAAAAAACAUUCAGUUGAUUUAGACGCUGAGAAACUUCAAGAUUCAUAUGCGCAUAGUGUAAUAGAUACUGGAGUCUCUACUUCAGCUUCACUACAAUCCUACUGUGGUGCACCUUAUGAAGAGCAAAGUAAGGAACAUUAUGCUGCAACACGCAUCCAAACAGCUUUUCGAGCCUUUCUCGCUAGAAGGGCUUUACGAGCGUUGAAGGGACUGGUUAGACUUCAAGCACUCGUUAGAGGACACUCUGUGAGGAAACAAGCAGCUGUAACGCUUCGGUGCAUGCAAGCGUUAGUGAGAGUGCAGGCUCGUGUACGCGCUAGACGUGUUCGCCUCGCCUUGGAGAGUGAAACGCGUCAGCAACUACAGCAACAGCUAGCAGAUGAAGCCCGAGUUCGAGAAAUAGAGAUCCAAGCAAAGCUGAUAAAGAGGCAGGAAGCUGCAGCUAAGCGUGAGAGGGCUAUGGCAUAUGCUUUGACUCACCAGUGGCAAGCAGAGACUAGGCAGUUAUCUGCGCACAAUGGAUUUCAACCUGAGGAAAAAAACUGGGAACGGAACCGGUUUCUUGAUAGUUACCUAGUGGAAGAUGCAAAAUUAGGUGAAAACAACAUAGAGCAGGCUGAGAAUGUGCAUAAAACGCAGAUGAAAAGUGCAAGCAAGAUGCAAAACACUUCAGAUCUUGUGUCCGGUGUUUCAAGUCAGAAGGCAACAUGGCCACCAUCUCUGUCUGAUGGUGAUUCGUCUUCUCCUGGAAUAUCUUCAAGCAUGCCAGUGGUGUCCAUGGCUAUGUCAAAGAAAGACGAUCUUGCUGUAGAAGUUAACUCAAGACCUGUAGCUGGUUUAAGAUCAAGAAAGCCAGAUAGAUCUUCAAGAGGACGGUUGUCUCUGCCAAACAGUGGAAAGUCCUUAGGAUCUCAGUCAGCUAAAGCCAAACGAGCAGGAACACUCACGCCAACAUCUCAAAAAGUAGCAGUUGAAGACAACUCUGCCCAAAACCAGAGAAGACGCAACUCUGAGCCAACAAAAUAGAGGCUUGCAUAGAGCCCUUGCUAGAGUCUCUGAGAAUCGUCAGUCCAAACGCCUCUCCCAUUGUCCCUGUACAUACGCAGCUUCUGAUAAAGAGAAACACAAAAUCAUGGGAGAACACAUUGGGUUUCAGACUCUAGAGCUGGUUGGUUCACCGAUCAAGAAGAGAACAACGUGGUAUUGUGCGUAGUAUUAUAAUAUAAGGUGUUUGGGGUAUAUUUGUGAAACAGUUUUUGUCGGAAGAACAAACUCAUGCUUUAGGCUCUUCCCCUAUGUAUAUAGUACGUUGUAUUGUAUAAGUUCUAAUUUUAAAAGAGUGAUUAUAUUACACUA